GGGCCGCCAUGUUUGCCUUUUUGUGAGCGUUUUGGGAAAGAAGGUGUGUUUAGAAAACGGACACAGAACUGAAUACGAGCGAAGAAAUAUGAUGCAUCAGCUUGGACAACAGAGAGGGUUUCCUCCUCAUACUCACCCUACCCAGUCAUCAAACCUGUCUGAAAUGGAACGAGAGAAAAUAUACACUUGGGUGCUUGAGUUAUCAAGUCCUGAUACAAGAGAACAUGCUCUAUUAGAACUGAGCAAAAAAAGAGAAGUUGUUCCUGACCUGGCACCUAUGCUGUGGCAUUCAUUUGGAACCAUUGCAGCAUUGCUUCAAGAAAUAGUUAAUAUUUAUCCAGUCAUAAACCCUCCUAACCUUACAGCUCACCAGUCAAAUCGUGUGUGUAAUGCACUAGCUCUUCUGCAGUGUGUUGCUUCUCAUCCUGAAACUAGAUCAGCAUUCCUUCAAGCACACAUUCCUCUGUUUCUGUAUCCAUUCCUUCACACCACAAGUAAAACAAGACCAUUUGAAUACCUAAGAUUAACAAGUCUGGGAGUUGUAGGAGCACUAGUCAAGACUGAUGAAGCAGAAGUUAUAAAUUUCCUUCUCACAACAGAGAUUAUUCCUUUAUGCUUGAGGAUCAUGGAAUCUGGCAGUGAACUCUCAAAAACUGUAGCCACAUUCAUUUUGCAAAAAAUACUUCUGGAUGAGACAGGGCUAUCGUACAUCUGCCAAACAUAUGAGAGGUUUUCCCAUGUGGCUAUGAUCCUGGGGAAAAUGGUGUUAGCUUUAGCUAAGGACCAAUCAGCAAGGCUGCUGAAACAUGUUGUUAGAUGUUACCUUCGCCUCUCAGACAAUCCUAGGGCUCGUGAAGCUCUCCGUCAAUGCCUUCCUGACCAGCUUAAGGAUGGCACAUUUUCCAACUGUUUGAAGGAUGAUGCUUCCACCAAACGAUGGCUCAGCCAGUUAAUGAAAAAUUUGCAAGAUCCUUCCUUAGCGGACCCUAGAGGAAUACCUCUACCGCCUUGAGCAAUCAUUACCGUCAUAGCUGUAUAUAGAACGAACGUUUUCUUGGAAAUUGAACUAUUUCUUGUAUUGUGUCAUAGCGUUGAAUUUGUUUUUUAUGUCAAUAUAAGUAAAGUCUAGUUUGUACAGAAGUUAUUUUGAAUGAUAAAAACCGCUUGUGUAAAAAUAAAAGAUGAAGAGUCAAGUGA